CCCGGCGCCCGCCGCUUUACCCGCGCAGAUCCCAUUCGGCGCGGCGCUCCGCCCACCGCAGGAUCCCCCGCUCCUGCCCGCCGUUUAACUCGCAUGACAUUUUUAUUUCGUUAUUAGCGUUUUCGCGCAGAAUCUGGCGCCUCCGAUGGGUUGUCGGGCUGCCUUUUUUUUUUUUUCCUUCCCCGUUCCCUUCCCCUCCUCCCCCUCCCCCCUCCCCUCCUAGCUUGCAGGAAAUGAUGGCAAACCGCGAUCUGAAAUGAUUACUCCGGAAAAAAAGGCUUUUAUACCAGGAGAGCAUCCACGGGGCUAGGCAGAGGCGAGAGGCGGCCGCGGGGCAGCGGGGAGCCGAGGAUCCAGCCGCCGGCGGAGCCGGGACCCCCUCCCGCACUUCUCUCCGACCAUGCCGGACGAAGCCACGGAAAACGCCGGCUCCACCUCCGCCCGCGUCUCGUCCUUCUUCAUCGAGGACCUGCUGGGCACCGAGGGCACGGCGGGCGGCGGGGCGCGGCGGGCGGCGGCGGCGGGCGGCGGGCGCGGGGGUCCGCGCUGCGGGCCGCGCUCCCCGCUGCGCAUCGGCGCCCCGGGCUGCCCCCUCCGCGACGCCGCCGUCGGCUGGUACCGCCGGGCGCACGCCGCCUUCCUGGGCUGCGCCAGCCCCGACACCAGCGACCGGGACUCUCCCGAGCCGCCCGAGGAGCCGGCGGAGCGGGCGGGCGGCGGCGGGCGGGCGGCGGCCAGAGGCCCGGCGGGCGGGCGGCCGGGGCCGGGAGGCCGCGAGGAGGAGGAGGAGCGCGGCGAGGAGCCGGGAGAGCCGGAGCAGCGCGCCGCCGGCCGCAAGAAGAAGACGCGCACGGUGUUCAGCCGCAGCCAGGUGUUCCAGCUGGAGUCCACCUUCGACGUGAAGCGCUACCUGAGCAGCUCCGAGCGGGCCGGCCUGGCCGCCUCGCUGCACCUCACCGAGACCCAGGUGAAGAUCUGGUUCCAGAACCGCCGCAACAAGUGGAAGCGGCAGCUGGCCGCAGACCUGGAAGCGGCCAACCUCUCCCACGCCGCCCAAAGGAUAGUGCGGGUCCCCAUUUUGUACCACGAGAACUCGCCGGCGAGCGCCUUGGGCUUCACCCUGCCGCACAUGUCGCCCCCCUUGGUGGGCUUCUCCGGCGGCGUCAGCUACCCCCUGGGCACCUUCCCCGCCGCCUCCCUCCCUUUCCUACGGUCGCAGAUGACAGGACUCGUCUGAGCGCCCACCUCUGCCGGGACCGCGGGCCCCUCACCUCCUCCCUCGGCUUCCAGCUCCACCCCCCCUUCCUCCACGGACUUUUUAUUUUCAACUUACACGUUUCUUGAUUUUCUGCUAUUUGACUUUUUUUUUUUUUUUUUUUUUUUUUUUUUUUUUUUUUAACGUGCAAUAAACUUACUCUUGGGGUUAACUCGGAGCGACGUGCGGCAGCCCGGAGGGAGCCGAAAGGACUCGAAAGACCCCAGCCAUGCACAGGGAUCAGGUCGGCGGGGCUCCCACCGCCGCGCAUCCAAAGAAAAUCCAGCCCCGUGGCAGCGGCAAAACCCUCACCGCCGCCCCGGCCCCGGGCUGGCGCAGACCGGCGUUUUCCGAGGGAUUUACAGACUCCCCCGAGCCUUCCUGCCGCAUCCCGCGGAGCUGCCGAGCGUGACACGAAUGUACGGCACCGCCGGCGCUUUCCGGCCGCCCCCACCCCACGGGCGGCCGAGCCUCGGGGCCCCGCCGCGGCCGUGAGACCUUCCCCGGGCAUCUGGCGGCCCGGCCGGAGCUCCUACGGGGGAAACCUUUCGGUACCCCCGCCGCCCCAGCAGCUUUCCGUGCAGAGCGGGGAGCCCUGCUGAUCCCGGCCUCCAGCAGCUUCUCCAGGGCCCUUUGUUUUAGCCACUUACAUAUCCCGCUCCCAUCGUUACUCUCAUUUCCAUACUACCGACACCCAAGCAUGUGCUGGUGCCCCCGGUCCUUCUCGAUGCAGAAGUUUUGAUUUGAAACAACUUGAAGGCAAAGUGUUGGAAAGAAUUCGCCCUGCUGAAAUCCGAGCUGUGAGGAUUUGGUUUCUUUGUUUUCGAUUUAUUUCCCUGGCAAAUUAUCGGCUAAAAUACACGGUUUUAUAUAUACACGUAUAUAUGUAAUUCUACAUACUGUAUUUUACAAGUGGAUUUGCCACUCUUUUUUUUGGUCUCCUGAAGAGGUUGAGGAAAGCGCACCUCGACUUGUCCGUCUCUUACGGGAUCGGUUUGUGUAAUCGAUUAAUAAUUCACUGGCAAUUAAAAAGGAAGCAAAGAAAAAUAAUCAGAUGGGAACAGACUGGGGAGCUGUAUGUCUGAUUAUGCAAGCGAACCUGUAACGUGAUAUUAUACGAAGUAUUAUGCAUGCCAAGUUAUUGUUUUUCUUUAAUGACUGUUUUGUUUCCCCUCUCUUACCCACUCCUAAAAUGAAUUUCUGAACUAUCAUUAUUUCUAAAAGUUUGAAUUCCUUUUUCCAAAUAGUAAGGGGGAAAUGACCUUAUAAAACUCAGCCUUGGUGGAAAGUCAAGCUUUGAUCGUACGUUCCAGGGCAUAAUCCGCUGCAAUGGAACCAACCAGCUCGGAGCACUCGGUGUCCCUGCAGGCAAGGCCAGGUCCUGGAUCUGUUGGGGAAUGCGGACCUGUCUCCUGUGAAGGAAGGGCGAUCUAAUUCUUACUCUUUCCUACGCUUUUCAUUAUAAUUGGAGCAAUCUUUUUCUGGUUAUGAAAUCGAUCAGCAAGAUGUGGUGGAGCUUCAGCUUUGAUACAAAACCCUAGAAGGGUCAGGGGUGGAUUAUAACCUUGACGCAAUUUUGGACUUUCCCCCCAUAUUUUUUCUUUU